AUGCAUUGCAUAAGCAAUCCCUACCGAACCUCCAUCACUGCGGCCUCCUGGCACAACCACAUAGGCAUUGUGAAAUUGCUUUUAGCUAACUCUGCUAGCGUGAACUCCCAAUACGGCGUAAGCGACGAUUUCCGGAGUCCGCUCGCCGCUGCCGCAGAAAGAGGAAACUUGCAAGUUGUCGAGUUGCUAUUGGCAAACAAUGCGAAUGACUACGUGGAAGAACAUCAUGACAGCGCCAUAUGGCUUGCAUGUAUGAGUAGGGACGGAUCUUAG